GUUUGAUUGUAUUAAGUGGCUGUGGAACAUCAGGCCGUAUUGUAUUUCUUUUGGUGACAUCCUUUAAUGAGAUGUUGAAAGCCCAAAAACAGAAACAGAUCUGUUCGUACAUCAUAGCUGGAGGUGACAGGGCCCUGCUGACAUCACAGGAGGCUCCAGAGGAUGACCCGGCGCUGGGAGCUCGCACACUGGACAAGAUUUGUGCAGGAAAGAAGCAUGUUCUGUUCAUUGGAAUAUCCUGUGGCAUGUCGGCACCGUUUGUUGCUGGGCAACUGGAUUUUUGUCUGAAGCACUUAGACGUCUUUACUCCAGUGCUCCUGGGAUUCAAUCCUGUACAUAUGGCGAGGUAG